AUGAGACCUACGCGGACGGUACUGAAAUCGAGGUUCAUCCACGACCCCAAGACCAUCUACCCUCGGGUCCGUGUGGAUCGGAUCCAGCGGGCCACUCUCAAAAAGGCCCCCAAGUUCCAGCAGGUUCUGGCCAGCCAUGCCGUUCCCGAGUGGGAGCGAUUCACCAAGGAGAGCCAAUGGCACUUUAUGCCCGGCGACAAGGUCCAGAUCCUGGCUGGCCCCGACAAGGGCAAGGUGUCUCAGAUCAUGGCUCGACACGAGGAGGGAAACUCUUACCUGGUUGAUGGAGUCAACGGUACUCAGACCUUCCCAAUUCCUCCUGCUAUGGCCCAGGAAGGACAGACCACCCACGUGAUCGAGUUCCCCAACCCUCUGAAGCAGUCGGAGCUGCGUCUGGUGGCCCAGCGACCUGAGGAGGACGGUACCACCACCGAGGUUGCUAUUGCUGCCGUGGAGUGCGUGGGAACCUACUACGACCCUGCCUACAAGCGAGUGCUCCCCCGACGAGUCAUGGCCCACGAUCACAAGACCCAGGUGCCAUGGCCCGCUCCUCUCGAGCCUGUCGAGCAUGUGGAGGGCUCUACCGAGCGAGAUGUGGCUCGAGAACGAACCCACUGGGUCACUUCUCUGGUCAAGCCUCCUUUCCCCAUCGGAGCUCUGCCCGACAUUCGAAACGUGCACCACAAGCGAUUCAAGCGAUUCUCCGAGCGAGAGGUCGAUCUCCUCACAGCCCCCAAGCCCUUCAUCCCCAAGGGCACCCCCGAGCUUUUCGCUCGACCCCAGCACAAGAAGCCUGAGAACAAGCUCACUGCUGAGAUGGAGGCCUUCAUUGGCAACGUCAUGCAGAAGCACGCUGACGCCCAGGUGGGCCAGCAUGACCGAGUCAAGGGCCUCAAGUAUAAAUAG